CUAAUAUAAUUUUAAGACAAUCCAAUCACACAGUGCCACGGAAUGAUUUCAAAUUUAACAAUCCAUAAGUAGUCCAUUUUCAUUUAUCUUUCAUAUUAGCAGAACUUACCAUCAAAUUGCUAAAUGUUCCAAGAAAUAAAAUCUUCAUUUCUUUGAUCUUUCCUCUCUCCACUUCUCCCUGGCUAUGGUUUCUCCAUAUUAAGACCCUUUUGUUUUCUCCAUUCUCACUCCAGUAUUUCUUAAUCUCUGCCUCUGUCUCUCUCUCUCUCUCUGUGUCUGUGUGUGUGUGUGUGUGCGCAAUGGCCACUUCCUAUUCACCAAUAAUGGAGCAUGAACAAGGAGGGCAUGAUUAUGAAGGAGAGAGGUCUACAGCUAGUGGAUGCAAUUGCUUUCAGCUCUUCUCCUUCAAAUGGCAUCAAAACAAUGACUAUGAAAAUAGGCAUCUUCUGAACCGACAGAAAGGAGAUAAUCAGCAUGAAGAAUCAUGGGUGAUGAGGCAACUGAAGAAGGUGAAGGAGGUUUCAGAGGUAGUGGCUGGCCCAAAAUGGAAGACCUUCAUUAGAAAGGUCGGUGGAUAUAUCAAGAACACGAAGAAACAAAAGAAUAAUUAUGAUAAUCAGUUCCAUUAUGAUCCAGAAAGCUAUGCUCUUAACUUCGAUGCUGGUGUUGAUAGAGAAGAUGAUUUGCUGCUUCCUGUUUUCUCUUCAAAGCUUGCUGCUGUUCCUUCUUCUAAUUCUUCAGUAGAGGAUAAACGACAAAAAGGGCUGUGAUCUGUGAUCUUUUCGGGUUGUUCAACCUUCAUCCAUUAUUAUUUCAUUCAUCUGUUGUAUAUGUAAAGCGAUUUGGUGCUAUAUUGGCAAUUUUUUAUUUAAAUAAUAAUUUGGGUUUGGUUUAAAAGAACCCCAAUUUUUA